AUGGCUGAUCUCUGCACCAGGCUCUGGCUGCUCCAGGCCAACCUCUGGCUCAUGGCUCUGGGAGCUGGGGGAGUGCCCACAGACAACAGCAGCACCUGGAACAACACAGACGCUGGGUGCCCCAUAAUGCAGCAGCGUUUCGUGCCGGUCAGGAAGAACACGGCCGUGUACUUCAUCUGCUACUCGCCGGAGCCGCACAGGCUGCAGUGGUACAAAACGUUCCCCGACAGCGAGGAGCUGCACGAGCUGGGUCACAACACCUCCAGCUACAGCAUCCAGAGGACAGACACCUUCAUCAACCUCACCAUCCCCAGCGUCACCCACGGGCACAACGGCGUCUACGUGUGCGACAGCGCGAACCUGACGGCGGAGAGGAGGCGGCCGCGGGCGUGCGGGACAGAGCUCAGGGUCAUGGGUCACAGCACCCUCCAGCAGUUCCAGAGCAGGAACACCCUGAAGGAUGCCAUCAUCAUCAUCCAGUCCCUCCUUCUUGUCAUCUUCAUCAGUGUCCCUGUGCUUCUCUUCCUAGAUAAAGAUGAAGGCAAGAAAAGCCCAGAGGAGGAUCACACCUAUGAGGGCCUGGAGGUGGAGCAGAUGGCCACCUACGAGGACAUCACUCCUUUCCGUGACGUGAAGGCCAAGUGGACAGUUGGGGAGCACCCUGGUGAAGAAUGA